AUGGCGCCUCUAUCACAUAUAUAUACUGAUAUCAGUACGCUAUCUAGUACUCCAGCGGUUGUCUUUUUCAAAGCUAACAGACGAGCAGAUGCUGCACCGGUUUUGAUUAAACUGUUUCGGACCCAAGAGGACUCCGACAGCUCCGCCAGAAUAAAGACAAUAGUUUCCUUCACUGAACUACUGACAGUUACAUCUGUGGCUUUGGGCACGAUCUCUGCUAUUCGAGAAGUAGACUCUGGUUUGCUGAUAGAGUAUGCUCUGCCACCACACGCCACAAUCCAAGCUUUGCCUGAAUAUUUGCUGUCAAAAAGGGCUCUGACAGCUCGUGAAAGUGGGCAAAAAGCGAGUGUCUCAAGGCCAUCAAGCAAGUUGAGCAAUCGACCUUCUAGUACCCGUAAUCUUGAGCAUAGCAUGUCUACCCCAAACAUUUCAGAUUUCCCUGGAACUGAAACUUGGUGCACAACUCCACGAUUUAGCAGGAGAGCUUAUAGGUCAAGGUCCAAUAAGUCCCAGAGUAAAGUAACAACAGCAACAGCAGCACCAGAAUGGAAAGUAAUUGCUGCAACAAUCGAUAGGUGGCAAGAGCGGAUUGUUUGGCAGAUAGUUGCGCAGCUUGUUCAAGGAUUGGCAGACUUUUACAAGGCUCCUGAGUCUCUUAGAGCAGGCCUCACACCAACCAUCUGUCCAGAGGCAAUCUUUGUUGUUCACGACUCAUGCGCACCAUUGCGACCAGAGAUAGUAAUCUUAGCAUGCAUCUUAGAUACGCAUACACCAGUCUCCAAUACAGUAUACAAAGCGCCAGAACUGUUUAGAGGCGCAACUAAGGGGCCUGCUGCUGACAUUUGGGCGCUUGGGUGUCUUGCAUUUGAAGUUGUGGCACAGCGAAAACCAAGAUUUAAUUCUGCUAAGCUGGUCAAAGAUCCAGUAUUGCAGAAUAUAGACUGCUCGCCUAGUUUACUCGAGUUUAUAACCUCCUGCUGUCGAUUUAGUCCCCACGAAAGACCAUCUCUCGUAGAGCUUAUGAAGUCCAAGAUAAUUCAUGCAGUCAUGACCUAUAUGUUUGGUAUAGCACAGACUAAGAGCGAGCUAACUCUGGUCAAGCAGUUAGACCUGACCAAAAUCAAUAUGCGACGUCUAUCUAAGAGUAAAGGCUUCAGACCAACACGUUCUGAAGUUCCAGUGUCACUUACAAAUCGGUCAGAGAGCUCCGAUAGCCUUUCCAUUACUGACAUUUUGGAUCUCUGUGUACGGUCACCAGACACAGGCAUGCAUCAAUUGCCUUUAAUAUGCUAUGAUGUUGCGGCAAGAUCAGGUGUUCUUGGCCAGCAGUGCGUUACGUGGGAGUAUGAUAACCCGUGCUUUUCGGCUGACAUGAACGAGUGUAUUAGCAGACGGAAACUUCUAUCAUUUCUUCUGCUUCCCAAUGCUGCCGAUCUCAUCGGCAAGGAGGCUCUAAACUUGCUGCCUUUUCUGACGUCCUUCGAAGCCAUAAAGCAGCUGUGUGACUUGUCCUUUGAUGGUAUUGCAAUGGAGUCGGAUAAGGAGUUCACCAGACAAGAGGAAGCACAGCUCUUAAACAAUCUAGAUACGAUCUGGGCCACUAUUCUCAAUGUGCCAUACAUCCCUGGUUUCUUACUUCAGGACGACUACUUUGUUGAUCGUAUUACUAACGAGCUCGGUGCCUGUGCAGCCUGGGUCACGGAAAACAAUAAUUCUAUCAUCAGCAUUAAGACAGAGCUUUGCUGUAUUUACACUGUGCUAUCUAGUCUUUACUUUACUGCCCCUCAAGAGUUCUGUGCAUGUUUCCUGACUAAUAACAAUCGCUUUAAUUGUAUUUUGAGUACUGCCUUCGAUCAACACAUCAGUAAGCUACUUACAUCAAUUUUGACUGAGGGACAUGUGCCACCCUUUGUUAUCACCGAGGCACAUCAGCUUUUUAGCCAUAGUGUGCUACAGCUGACAUCCCGUCUGGAUUCUUCUGACUCAGUUAUUCCUAGUGGUCAUGUUUUUCUGCUUAUUAAUCUGAGUGGGGUACUGCUUUCUGCAGCUACUAAACAGACUCGCCCAAUCAUAGAUCCCCCUGAGCUGAUGCCAAUUGUAUCAGCGAUUAGGUCUCUCAUCUCAAGAGGAAUCCAGUUCAAGAUCCUUGUACAGCACUUUAUCACCCAGCUAUUAUUGAUUCUAUCACUCUCUUUGAUGCAUGAGCUGAAUAAUAAUGUAUAUUCGCCAACCAGUCCUGCUGGUGCAACUCUGACAAAGCUGUUUUCAUGCGUCAUUAAGUGUUUUGAGGACCUUCCGAAAAGAGAAUGUGCAUACCACCAACACAGUUCUUCCCAUGAUACUAUACACCUAAUCAUGGUCCUCAGUUUGACUUGCCAAGUCUUUAUGCUGCUUACAUAUAUCCAGCGACAACACCUUAAAAGCCUAGGACUAGACGUUUGCUCUGACGUCUUUGCACAAGAUAAUCUGUUGAAGAACAGUGCCUCUUCUUCAGAAGAAAUGCAGCAACCGUCUAUGUCCGAUUGCAUCACUGAAUACAUAGGACAGACGGCACACAUAGGACUAAGAGCCCCUGAGUCUUGGAGCCAAGCAAAGAUCAACUUUAUCAAAGCCUUUGUGCCACUGAAAGAGCAAUUUAUCCGCUUUGGUCAGGAGCUGGUUCCAUACCUUGCACAACUGACCCUGGACAAAGAGCUUUCCGCAGUAACUAUUGUGCAGUUCUUUUUAUGCAGAUUGAGGAAUAUUCUUUUAGAUUUGGAAUCGCGGUCCUCUUCGUCAUUGGGCCGAAUCCUCACCGAAUCGUCGUUCUUUUCUAAGGUGCAGCAUUAUCUAAUUCUUCUCGCCCAGAAAGACGGCAGAAGGCCUCUCCAUGUCACUGCAUUUCGACAAGAAUACCCAGAAGUGGUGUACCUUCUGGCGACAGCCAAGCGGCUCCUUUACCUUGCACUAGGCAAGCGGGAUUCUGAGGUUUUCAGAGGAUGCAUUACAAAUAAUUUACAGGGACAACUACAAGAGUAUUUAAAGCACUGCAAACAGGAACUCCUCGACAUUGCGACAGAGUCAUAUAUUGUCAAUCUGGAUCUCACAAAAACGUUCGUCCAGACACUUACCUAA